AUGUCUGAGACAACCGAAGUUUGUGAAUCAAUAGCGGACGCCCGGACUACUGCGUGGAGUUGGCCAGAAGAAGCGCCCCAUGUCUCCGGCAAUCCAACGCAGCCGAAAUCGAUCAAGAUUUGCACAACUCCUGGCACGAAUUCGAACCCGAUGCUCCUACGGGAGAAACGAAGCACACAUUUUCAGUCUACAUUUAUCCAGCUAUCACCAACUCGCAUUACCCUGAAUGUUUCUCAGAGCCAAGCCGAUAGGGGCUUGAAGAUUUUGAUACAAACGAUGGGUCAAGCUUUCUCGUCCAGCAUCGACCUCGUCCACAAAGAAACCGAUCUCCCACGGCACAAGAAUAUCACUGCGAUCAACCGGUUAUACAAGAAACAGAACAAUGCGCGUAACAGAUGUUUAGGAUGUGCAAAAGCAGAGUGCACUUUCAAUCCAAACGUACAAACAUUUGAGGCAGCAACUAAUUUUACGGGAUACUUGAGGACUACCGAGGUUCAAUUUCGAAAUGCUCAGGCUAAGCUUGAGAUCGGGUCUUCGAAGCCCAAGUUUCCCACACUUUUCACUAACUAUUUCUCAAAUAAU